AACCAAGUUGCUGAGAUUCUGAUAUCGUAUGAUAAAGAUCAUCCUCUUAUUGAAAUUGAAGAGAAUAAAGAUGAUGGGAUGUUUGAUGAAUUUGAAUAUGAAAAUGAAGUAUUGGAUGAGACCGAAGGUUUCUACGUCAGCGAAGAAUUACCAUCGAAUGAACCCAAUCUUGAGGAAGAGCUCCUGGAACUAAAGUUAAAAAAAAGUAUGGAUGAAACCCACUUAACCUUGGAACAAAAACAAGAGGCGGAAAAUUUUUUAAAUAUUAAAAAAACGAUCUUCACAU